AUGAUGAACUGGUGUGAUGAUCACACUGUGAGGCUGGUAUUAUUGGAUUUUUCUGGAAACCAUUCGUUGCUUAGGGAUGAUGAUACUCUUCCUUGUAAACACAGCACACCGGUAGAAGAACAUUCUAGAAUUCGGAGGUUGGAAUUUGUAUUAAAACAGAAAUUUUUAAAGCAACAAGAAGGAAAGAAGAAGUGGUUGUUGAAUCGGGAAUUGAAAUAUUCGUCGUUCUUUCCAGUUGAGUUUAUGAAUGAUAAAAAAUUUGUAUUGAAUCAUAUCAACAAGUAUGGGUAUGGAUUAAAACAUGCAUCGGCACAAUUGAAAGAUGAUAGAGAUUUUGUCUUGAAGGUAGUUAAAAAACAUGGAAAUGAAUUGCAGCACGCUUCUUCUAGUGUUCGUAACGACAAGAAAGUGGUAUUAACGGCCUUAAAGAGCAACGACUAUGCAUUGGCACAGGUCUCAAAACGACGUAUUAAAGAUCGUGAAUUUGUAUUGGAAGCAAUUCGGCGGAAUGGAAAUGCUCUGUAUAGUGUUGGACAAUGGAUAGAAGAUCGAGAAAUUGUUUUAGCUGCAAUGAAACAAAAUGGUGAAGCAUUGCGUGUGUUGCAACUCGUUCAUAUUUACAAUUUGGAAAUCGACGAAGAAAUAAUUUUUGAAGCUAUCAAACAAACAAAGCGAUCUCUGCAAUGGGUACCAAAAUAUUUACUUGCAGAUCAUGAGUUCAUGUUGAAGGCUCUCAAAUUAAUAUUUCCAGAACUUUCCUCUUUUGAUUAUUCAAAGAAAGAAAUAGUGACUCCAAUUGUGCAAGAAUUUGGAUUUUUACUUGAAUUUGUAAGCGAAGAGCUCAGGAAUGAUCGAGAUAUUAUUUUGAAUGUAAUCAAAAAUGAUGGACGUUUACUUUGUUUUGCUUCUGACAAUUUGAGUAAUGACAGAGAAAUUGCAAUUGUAGCGGUUCAGCAAAAUGGGAGAGCAUUACAUUUUGUCUCUGAUGAAUUGAAAAGAGACAAAGAGGUUGUGCUUGCUGCUGUCAACCAACAGGGUGGUGCACUUGAAUUUGCAGCAGAAGAAUUGAGGAAUGAUAAAGAGAUUGUAUUAGCUGCUGUACGACAAGCAGGGCAUGUUCUACAAUAUGCAUCCAACGAGUUGAAAAGCGAUAGAGAAGUUGUACUAACAGCUCUAAGACAAAAUGGUCACGCUUUGCUAUUUACAAACGAAACGAUGAAAAAUGACCGAGAGCUAGUCAUUGAAGCCGUCAAACAAUUUUCGGAUGCUUUUAUAUAUGCUUCAACUGAGCUUUUGAGAGACAAACAAUUCUUAUUACAGCUUGUUCAGCUGGGCUGUAAAGAUGUUGUUUCCAGCUCACCAAGAGAAUUUUAUAAUGACAAAGAAUUCUUGUUAAAAGCUGUCAAAGAAAAUGGUCUUGGAAUAUUUGGAUUCGGUUAUCAUACAUGUCGUGACAAGGAACUCUUGUUAGAGGCUGUGAAAAAUAAUGGAGCAGCAUUGACAUAUGCAAUCCUGGAACUGAAAAACGAUCGAGAGCUUAUUUGUGAAGCUCUCAAAUGCAAUGGUUUUGUGUUGGAGUACAAUGAUGUAUUGUAUCAAGAAAGAAUGACACAUUGCUACUUUGAUGCCUAUUUGGGAACAACAUGA